GCAGGGAAGUUGUGUCACUUCACUCAGAGGAAGAACUGGAAGAAAGUCUCUGCAACUCAAGUUCAAAACGCUUGCGGACGAGUUCUUCAACAUUUAAAGUUGCCUCAAAGACCGAAUUAACGUCGGUGAGCGAGUUAACCGUCGAGUUAAAAGGUCUCCUCUGGAUUAUCUGGGCCUGCGGGACGUCCGGUGGCAGCGAUGGCGGCGGACGCACGUGAGGAGCAGCUUCUCCUCUUCUCCAAAGAGGGAAGCUGCUCUCACAUUCAGAGGCUCCUCGGGUCCAGGACCGACCAGGGAUCUUCUCUCAACCUCAACUGCAGAUCUUCAGGGAAGAGCUCCUCGGGGUGGACCCCCCUGCACAUGGCUUCCUACUUUGGACACACAGAGGUGGUGGAGGAGCUGCUCAAGGCGGGUGCUGAUGUGAAUUUGCAGAAUAACAUGGGGGACACACCUCUCCACAAAGCGGCCUGCACUGGAAGGAAGGAGAUUGUUCUGUUGUUGCUGCGGUUCGAUGCCUGUGCCAACAUAAUCAAUGGAACAGCUCAAAUCCCUCAAGAUGUCACAGAAGAUGAUGAAAUCAUUACAAUGCUGGAGGCUGCAGAGCGGAGGGAGAAGAGGCGGCGAGAGGAGAGGCUCCUGGGAGCCGCCAGAGAGGGGGAUAUCUCAACCCUGUCUAAAUUGCUCAGUCGAAAGGAAGCACCGAAUAUUCACUGCAGGGAUUCGGUGGGUAAUACGCCCUUACACUGUGCGGCCUACAGGGGGCAGAAGCUGUGCAUCAUACAGCUGCUCAAGUCUGGAGCCAGCCCUAGUAUGAAGAACAACAAUGGGCAGACAGUGUUGGACCUGGUCCGCACCGAUGAACUGAAACACAUAGUCGCAGCCUAUCAAGACAAGGACAGGAACAGUGGGGUGCAGAAGAUUGAAGGUCCUCUUUGGAAGAGUUCGCGGUUUCUUGGAUGGCGAUCCCACUGGGUGGUAAUGGAGAAUGGAACUCUCUCCUGGUUCCCCAGACAGGCUGAGGCAGUGGCUGGUGUCAGGAAGCAGGGGUGUACAUCUCUUACACAAGCCUACUGCAUGGUCAAACCGUGGGAUCAUUGCUUCUUCACGCUCCGAUGCUUUGACGACACCGUGCACUCUUUUAAGGUCCCCUCAAGGACGAACUCGGUGGCAACGAGAAAAAAAUGGUUAGAUGCUUUUGAGGCACAUUCAUCCUACAGCACUCGCCACUGCACACAAGAACAGUUCUUCAGUCAUGAGGAGGACGGUGACGUGGCAGUACAGAACCUGACACACGCAGUCCAGGUAGCCGGCACUUCCCAGCAGAAAUUGGAGAGUGAAGUGUCAACAUUUCUAUCCAUGGUGAAGAAUGAGGAGAAUUUUUCAUUGGCCGCUCCUCUCCUACUGAAAGCCAAAGAGACCAGUGAGCUCUCCAGUGACACUUGUGCCGCCCUCCAGCUGUGCCUUGAACUGUUGUCAAAACAAGAAGAGGUGUGGAGCCUAAAGUUGGAGCAGGAGGUGGAGAAGAACAAAGCUCUGACAGAAGCUCUGCAAACUUUGGCAACUGAGCACUACGAACUCAAGCAGUCCCUCAGCACGAGCAGGAGGUGGUCCGCCCUCAGUACCCUGACAGAAGAUGACUUCUAUGACGCUGAAUCAGACUCCGAGUUGGAGCUCUCAGUGAGCGGCUUCCUGUCCGUGGCCAGUCACUCGUGUGAAGAGGACGAGGGGAGAGACGCCCCCCUUCGCAGCAGCCGCCGCCGCCAUCCCAGCUCGCUCAGGGGGCCUACCGGAAUGUCAGGGGAGUGUAACCAUGGCAACCAGCUCAAUGGAGUCCAGAAGCACAGAACAUGUCUCCCGUCCCCCAUGUUCUCCAGGAAUGACGUCAGCAUCUGGAGUAUCCUGAAAAAAUGCAUCGGCAUGGAGCUGUCGAAGAUCGCCAUGCCCGUGGUAUUUAACGAGCCUCUGAGCUUUCUCCAGCGCUUGACGGAGUACAUGGAGCACACCUACCUCAUCCACCAGGCCAACACCACAACCGACUCUGUUGAGAGGAUGAAGUGUGUUGCAGCGUUUGCUGUGUCAGCUGUAGCAUCACAGUGGGAGAGGACUGGGAAGCCUUUCAAUCCACUACUGGGGGAGACCUUUGAGCUCAUCAGAGACGAAUUGGGCUUUCGGUGGGUAUCGGAGCAAGUGAGCCAUCACCCUCCUGUCAGUGCCUUUCACGCUGAGGGCCUCAAAGAGGAUUUCGUCUUCCACGGUUCCAUCUGCCCCAAACUCAAAUUCUGGGGAAAGAGCAUCGAAGCAGAGCCGAAGGGAAUCAUCACACUGGAGCUCCCGAAGUAUAAUGAAGCCUACACCUGGACAAACCCCACCUGCUGUGUCCACAACAUCAUUGUGGGUCAGCUUUGGAUCGAGCAGUACGGCAACGUGGAAGUGAUCAAUCACAAGACUGGGGAGAGAUGCAGCAUGACGUUCAAGCCCUGUGGCCUCUUUGGUAAAGAGCUCCAUAAAGUGGAGGGAUACAUCCUGGAUAAAAGCAAAAAGAAGCUCUGUGCGAUAUACGGCAAAUGGACCGAAUGCCUGUACACCGUUGACCCCGCUACCUUCGACGCCCACAAAAAGUCUGACAAAAAGAAUUCAGAUGAUAAAAAGGCCAGUAAACGGAGCAGUGUGGAUGAGGAGCCAGAAGAGAUGCCUCUACCUGAUGCUGAGACGGUUCAGGUGAUCCCAGGCAGCGAGCUCAUCUGGAAGAUAACGCCUCGACCGGAGAACUCAGCCAAGUUCUACGCAUUCUCCACAUUCGCCAUGGAGCUGAACGAGCUGGAGGAAAGCAUGGAGGGAGUCAUUCCUCCCACCGACAGUCGCCUCAGACCGGACAUCAGCGCCAUGGAGAAUGGAGAUAUAGAUUUGGCGAGUGCUGAGAAAAAGAGGCUUGAGGAAAAACAAAGGAUAGCCCGGAAAAAUCGCACCAAGGCGACAGACGAGUGGAAAACGAGGAACGCUGCUCUCGGCCCAAGGUGGUUUCAACAAGGGCCCAACCCUCACAAUAAAGCUCAGGACUGGAUCUACAUGAAAGGCUACUGGGACAGAAACUACACUCAGCUGCCUGACAUCUACUAACAAGUAGACACACACGUGGAGAUCCACUGUUACCACCUUUGGACUUGAUCUGCUGUACUUGGGUUUGGAGCAGCAGGUAGAGAUCAGCAUUCAAUGUGAGAAAAUAGGCUCAGCGAAAAACCGAAUGGAUCCUUUGUUGUAUGUUCUUCAAUGUGUGUGUGGAUAAUAAAGCACAGGAACUCUUAUUUUUUUGCUAAUUUAUUGUGGUUGUGGACCACUCGAGGACGGUUUAAGCAUAUACAGGAAAAACUAGAAUGUAUAUUAGAAAUAUGUCAUGUUAAAUAGAUGGAGUGUUUGAACAGCAACCUCAGUUUUACUGUUUGUAGUUUGUUCAGAGUUGUUACUGGUUCUGAAAACAUUUUACUCAACGUAGAGACAGGAGGCAAGAGCACGACAAUAGUCUGGCUCUACUAGCAAACUGUAACGCAAUGCAAAGUAUUAAAUCUUGCCUGUUUUUACUCCCUCAUAUAAUAAAUGGUGCAGAUGAUUUACGGUUGAAAUCUGCCUCAGCGCUUGUUAGCAACGCCCCCUGCAGUCGGUUGUAAAUCUGUUCCCCUGCAACGGUGUUUACAAGUAAAAUGUUUCCAUCUGUAGCCAGUACUGUAGCAGUAAGACUUACAUAUGAAAUUAAUGUAUAAAAUAUUAAGCUCUGAAAUGUGUAACUGUAUAGAUGUGACUACCAGUCGUUGCACACACGUCUACCUGGUUCUGUGGCCACAGUAGCACUUUUUUUCUAAACUACACUUAAAGCAGGGAAACUGGCUCUGCACUUAUAGAUUGAUUGUGUGUGUGUUCUAUAAAAUUAUAUUCCUAGUGCUACUUGUAUCAAACUCAAAUAUAACAAUAAAUGCAUGUGCAUCACUGUAACUAUGCAAGCCUUACCUCCUUCACAAUCAAGCACUGGAUAUUUAUUCUGUUAUGUUGUUGUAGCUGAUGUGAGUUGAAGUUACCUUUUACCACUCUUUGGUUAUCAGUGAAACUGAAUUUAUAUUGUUGCUAAAUAAAAGCUUAAUGUUAAUUGAA